AUGGGUAAUGACGGUGGAAGUAUACCCGACCGCAGGGAUCUUGUCAGAAGCAAGCCGAAGGCAGAACAAGCCGACAAGGCGAACCAAGUACGCGCAAAAUGGUUCUUCUGUGCUCUCUCAAAGAGGAAGCUCCAAGAACCAGUCGUGUCGUGUGCACUCGGCAAACUUUAUAAUAAAGACGCCAUCAUCGAAUACUUGCUCGACAAGUCGGCUUAUGGGGACGGAGAAACGAUAUGCGGGCAUAUACGGUCGUUGAAAGAUGUCAAGACGCUAAAACUGACGCCCAACUCUACCCCGCUAUCCUCAGCAUCUACAGAAGCAUCGGAAAGGGUGCAAUUCGUCUGCCCACUCAACCUGAAGGAGAUGAACGGCGUCCAGCCUUUCGUGUAUAUCUCCACUUGUGGAUGCGUCUUCUCUCAGGCAGGGCUGAAAACUGUUGCUCGUUCAGCUUCACCGAAAGAGAAGGAGGAGAAAGGGAAGGAAAAGGAGAAAGAACCCACUCCCGACCAAGAGAGUCUCGACCUUUGCCCUCAAUGCGGCACAAAAUACUCGCCCAAAGAGGAUGUUAUCCUUGUCAACCCCUCUCGGGAAGAGGAGAACAACCUUCGGAUAGCAAUGGAGCGCAAGCGUUUGAACGAGCCUGCUGGGAAGAAGAAAUUGAAGAAGAGAAAGAAUGAGGGUGGGGUUGAUGAGGGCGAGCCACCGACGAAGAAAGGAUCUGCUGCGUCGACGGCACCAAGCAUCAAUCCAACGGUGGUAGGCUCCAGUCGGGCGGUGGUUAGCCAACUAGCUAUGGAGGAGGCAAAGAGGAAGGCUAGCAUGUCCGACGCUGUUAAGAGUCUCUAUGGAGAUGGAAAGCCGAAUAAGAAAGAGACAUUCAUGACCAUGGGGACAUUUACGAGGUAUGCAUGA